CCGAGCCCUACUGUGAUACCACAGACGUACGCCGCACUCCACAACCAUGAAGAUCACCGUGUACCUCAUUCUGGCACUGGCCGCAGCCUGCCACGCCAUGCCCCAGAACCCAGCGACGUACGAUGCACAGCAGUCCGAGGUCCAACCAGAGGACAGCCAGAAGGCGAAGCGAGGCCUGCCCAUCUUCCACACUCCCAUAGCGCCGCUCCCGCUGUCCAUCUACCACGCCCCCAUCCUGGCGCCAGCACCCUUAAUCGCACCCAGAUUCAUCGCAGCUCAUGCGCCCAUCUUCCACGCCCCCAUCAUCCACCACCCACCAAUCAUCGCUAUUCACCACUAGAUGCGAAGCGACCUACACAGUCCACACUGGGUGUACUGCUCAGCCAUAGAUUGCGACGUAAUCAUAGAUGUAGUUCACACACAGUAGCCGCAUCAUAUUACAUUACCUCACGACGUCCUUACUGGAGGAAUUAAAAGGUGCAGAAGUGUGGAACUUUCAUAGAAUCGCC